AUGUUUCUAUGGAUAAAAAGAAAGCUUAAUUAUAUUCAAGAUAUACAAAACAUAUUUUAUGGUGGAAAUUCUUCUAGAAAGAGUUCAAAAAGAAGUAUUAAAGAUGCUACAGAAUCUCAAAUAAACUGUGGACUAGAUAAAUUUUUUAAUCAUAAUUCAAGAAAAUCAUCUAGACAUCUUUCAGAAACAUCCUCAAGGACUCUUAUACGUGAUGAAGAUUCUUUUGAUGUUAGAGAUGAUAAAAAUAUAUCUUUUUGUUCACUUUAUCAAAAAGAACAUAAACAUCGAAAUUCUCAGAAAGAUAGAUCAUUAUCUUUCCUUAUACAAGAUAAAUGUUCCAGUCCUUUAGUUGUUUCUGUUGAUAAGAAUUCAAGAUAUCCGAAGAUUGCUGGAAAAAAUGGUUUUAGAGCAGUUAAUAGAUCAAUAAUAACGAAUUUUUUAAAAAAAAUUUUUUGUCUUAGUUAUUUUGUGGAUGAAGAAAGAAUAUUUCGAAUAAAUAACUCAAAAAGUGUGUCUCCUCCCAUGAUUUGUGAUAGACUUUCUUCUAUGUCCCAUCAGCCUUUAUCUUCUGUUUCUUUAUCAUCUUUAAAUACUCAACAAAAAAUGAUAGAGUUACCGGAAAAAAAAUUUGAUUAUUUAUCAAUAGGAAACAUGUGGGUUCCUGGACAAGAUGGAUUUGGCAUGAUUAUUGAAUUAUCAGAUUGGAUUAAUGAUAAAUUAUCUACUAGAACACGACAGAGACUAGCGAAUGAACUAAGACGAUCUAUAUCAACACAUGAUAAACCUGGUUACAUUUAUGUUUUUAAUUUGCAGUCAUCAGAGAUAAUUAAACCUUAUUCAUUGGAAAAAAUGAUCAUAAAAAUAGGAAGAGCGGGCAAUAUACAACGUAGAUUAAGUCAAUGGCCCAAGCAGUGUAAUUUUAUACCUGAAUUGAUAGAAUAUUUUCCAUCGAAUGAAAAUGGACCAAAGCAAUGCUUAGUUAGUUAUAGAGUAGAACGAUUAAUUCAUAUAGAACUUCAAGAUAAAUUUUUAUGUAAACCACAAACCUGUAUUACAUGUGGAAUUUCACAUAGAGAAUGGUUUUAUGUACCAAAUUUUACUGCAUGGAAUGAGGUAAAGCAAACUAUAGAAAAAUGGAUAGAAUUUUCAUUUAUAGCAUAUGGAAAAACUUAAGCAUGUGUUUUUAAUUUCAAGCAUUUUAAUGAUUCCAGGA